CCAAGUGAUGAGAUUUUCCUUCUUCUUAUUAUCCAUUGGAUUACUGAUCCCCACUUGUUUAGGUGUGCGAUAUGAGACACUGACAUCUAAGUACAAGAGGAACAUCGUGAAGAUUACUGAUGCCAAUUACCAAGAUAUUUUGAACAACGAGGAUUUUGACAUAGUACUGUACCUGACUGCAUCCAGUCCACAAGUUGGUUGUGUUUUAUGCAAUGAAUUCCAGCCUGUGUUUGAACAGCUCGCCUCCUCGUUUUAUGAAAAUCUUGAAUCACAUGGUCUUGACUCUGAGGACACAAAGUUGAUCUUCGCCUAUUCUGAUUUUCCCGACUCCAGAAAGCUUUUUCAACAAUUGGCACUUAAUAACGUUCCGAAAGUCUACUACUACAGUGCACAGCGGGGAAUUGGUUUGAAACCUGAUGAUGAACUCAUUUUUAUGAGCACUGAUCUGCUCUCUACAUUGACGAGCUGGUUGGUGGCUAAGACGCACCUAAGCCCCGAACUGUUUACUUUAAAAACCAAAAUCAACUAUACUGAGAUAUUCUUAACAUUCUGCAUUGUUUUCGGACUUGGGGUGAUCGCCAUAUUGAACUAUAAAAGGGUUUCGGCCAUCCUUACCAACAAAAGGGGCUGGCAAGCGCUUAGCAUUUUGCUUGUCAUUUUGUUCACAUCCGGUUACAUGUUCAACGUUAUUAGAAAUACACAGUACAUUCGUACAAAUAAGGACGGCUCCAACAUCUAUUUCAUGGGUGGACACCAAGCACAAUUGGGAGUCGAAACACAGAUUAUUUCGGUAAUCUAUGGGCUUUUCUGUGCUGGUAUGGUCAUCUUGGUGGACAUGUUCAAGAAGUUUGAGAAUGCCAAGUUGAGACUGUUUGGUUCUAUCGGUUUAUCAUUUGGCCUUUUCGUUUUAUACAGCAUUCUGGUGACUUGUUUCCAUGCCAAAAAUACUGGCUAUCCAUAUUGGCUUCUAAAGUUAUGACUAUUAUAUAGUUGAAACGAUUGCAUAUGACUAUGUUAUUCUGAGCCCAUAUUCUGGAGUAUUUUGUCUACUCGUUGUUCGAUGAUUUCCAUUUUCGAGCUGAUGGCGCUCAUCUGCGAUUUUAUAGCUGUAACUCGCCUUACGUACUCAUCCAGCGAGAGAAUGGUAUUGUCUUGACUUUCUUUACUUUCGGUCAAGUUUUCCCGCGUUCGUUCCAACUUACUUUCAAGCUGGCGAAGAAUGCUCGAAAGUAUGACUUGAGACUCAUAAAGAGAUGUGAGAUUCAGGUUUAGCACCUCAAGUGGUGAUUCGACUAAUGAUUGUACCACCAACUCUAUUGGAUGGACUGUCCCACCAGAGCUUUGAGUAUGGUUCAAUUGUG